CUAAACAACAAAUUCGCCUUUUACAUGCUUGUUGACAAACAUGGGACGUGCGGCUGCUGCUAGCUUAGUUUCCAGCUAGCUGGCUAACUCCGCUAGCCGCUGAUGUGGGGAUUCAACUUGUUGAUUCACGGGCUCUCCUGCUAGCUGGCUAGCACUUGGCAUUUGUUGUGUCAUCAUCUAGAUCAGAUUUUUAAAUGCACAAAAGACACUGAAGAAUCGUCAUAUUCACACCGUCCCUUCCCCCCCCCUCCUUUAUUUGGAAACUUGAACUUUUUUGUUUUCUAAAAUGUCAACAAGGAUCCCUCUGGUGCAAGUCAUAGAGAAUUCAACCGGGCAGGAGUCUAAAUCAUCGCGCUCCAGCAUGCCGCGAUGUCGGAACUCCGUUGCUACGACCACAACAGACGACCAGCCGCACAUUGGUAACUAUCGGUUGCUAAAAACCAUCGGCAAAGGCAACUUCGCCAAGGUCAAACUGGCACGACACGUCCUGACCGGGAAAGAGGUUGCUGUAAAGAUCAUUGAUAAGACGCAGCUCAACUCCUCCAGUUUGCAGAAGCUCUUCCGGGAAGUGAGAAUCAUGAAGAUGUUGAACCAUCCCAACAUAGUCAAGCUCUUUGAGGUGAUAGAGACAGAGAAGACUUUGUACCUGGUAAUGGAGUACGCCAGUGGAGGAGAAGUCUUUGAUUACUUGGUGGCCCACGGCAGGAUGAAGGAGAAAGAAGCUCGUGCCAAAUUCAGACAGAUUGUGUCAGCGGUGCAGUAUUGCCAUCAGAAGUGUAUAGUACACAGAGACCUCAAGGCGGAGAACCUGCUGCUGGAUGCCGACAUGAACAUCAAGAUAGCAGACUUUGGCUUCAGUAAUGAGUUCACUCUUGGGAACAAGCUGGACACAUUCUGUGGCUCCCCACCCUACGCUGCCCCCGAGCUCUUCCAGGGCAAGAAGUAUGACGGGCCCGAGGUGGACGUCUGGAGCCUGGGGGUGAUCCUUUACACACUGGUCAGCGGCUCGCUGCCCUUCGACGGACAGAACCUUAAGGAGCUGAGAGAGCGCGUGCUGCGUGGUAAAUACAGGAUCCCUUUCUAUAUGUCUACGGACUGUGAGAACCUGCUCAAGAAGUUCCUCAUCCUGAACCCCUCUAAAAGAGGCAGCCUCGAGCAGCAGAUAAUGAGGGACCGUUGGAUGAAUGUGGGCUACGAUGAGGAGGAACUCAAACCGUACAUCGAACCCAUGCCAGAUUAUAAGGACCCAAGGAGGACAGACAUCAUGUUACAGAUGGGAUUCUCUCAGGAGGAGAUCCAGGACUCGCUGGUGAACCAGAAGUACAAUGAUGUGAUGGCUGCAUAUCUGCUACUGGACUAUAGGAACCAUGAGCUGGAGGAGAGCGGCAUCAAGCCCCGGCCAGGAAGUGAUGUAAGCAACAUAAACGCCCCCUCCCCGCCUCAUAAGGUACAACGCAGUGUGUCGUCCAACCAGAAGCCUACGAACCGCAGAGGCACAGAUCAGGGAUCCUCUUACUCUAAAAGGGGGGGUCAAGCAGACAACAGGACCGCAGCGGAGGAUUCCGGGAGGAAAAGUUCAUCGAGCAGCUCCACUACCAAGGUGCCGGCAAGCCCACUGGUCUCCUGUGACCGCAAGAAGAGCGCCACGCCUUCCACCAAUAGCAUCCUGUCCACCGGUACAGGUCGCAGUCGGAACUCUCCUUUGACCGAGAGAGCCACGUUGGGACAGGGCAUCCAGAACGGCAAGGACAGUGCCCCAACUCAGCGGCCUCCCGGUGCAUCUCCAUCUGCCCAUAACAUAAGCAGCGCUGCCGUGACAGACCGUCCCAACUUCUCCCGGGGGGUGGGCAUCCGCAGCACAUUCCACGCAGGCCAGCAGCGGGGUGCCCGAGACCAGCAGGGCUCCGCCUAUCCCGGCGGGCCCGCAUCCCCAUCACUGUCCCACGGCAACAGCCAGGCCAGGAGGACACAAGGCGCUACAGGGAUUUUCAGCAAGUUCACAUCCAAGUUUGUACGAAGAAAUCUCUCGUUCAGGUUUCCGAGAAGGAGUCCGUAUGAGGGAGAGGGUCGGGAUGAGGGGAGCAGGUCUAUGCUGAGCAGCACAGUGGACAAGUCGGAGAAGACUUCAGGUGGUGUUCUCUCCUCCUCCUCCAACAACGAUGAGAACAACUCUUCACCAGGAUCUGGUAACACUGGUGGAACCGGCAGCCCUCCAGCCAUCACCAGCCAAAAGGACUCGGCCAAGCCGCGCUCGCUCCGCUUCACCUGGUCAAUGAAGACCACGUCGUCCAUGGAGCCCAUGGAGAUGAUGCGCGAGAUCCGCAAGGUGCUCGACUCCAACAGCUGCGAGUACGAGCUGCGCGAGCGCUACAUGCUGCUGUGCGUGUCGGGCAACCCGGCGCGCGACGACUUCGUCCAGUGGGAGAUGGAGGUUUGCAAGCUGCCUCGGCUCUCCCUCAACGGCGUGCGCUUCAAGCGGAUCUCAGGCACAUCCAUCGCCUUCAAGAACAUUGCCUCAAAGAUUGCCAACGAGCUCAAACUGUGAGUGCAGAGGAGCAGCGAGGAGGGAUGAGAUGAAAGGGUGGAGGUGGGAGGGUGAACAGGGUGAAAGCUAGAGAUGAUGCUGUGAGCAGGGUGAGGGCACUAUGGAGGUUAAGCUGAAGAGUGGGGUCACUUUAAAUAACAUGAUUGUUAUCGGGACAAAGGUCUGAAGUAGGGCUAUUGGUUCUCUUGAGAGUAGAAAAUGUUUCCUUUCUAGAAGUUCUGUUCGUUCAGUUCCCGAGGCCCUGCAGUAAGAAACUCUGAGUUGAUUUCCUCUGAGUUGUGAAGGACUUGUAGACCGAGAUCUUCUCUCUUCCCUGCCGGGUUUCUUUUUCAUGUUCUACUUAGACGUUCCACACUUCUGCAUGUCUGAUCUCCGUUUUUAGAAGUCACCCUUUUAUCACUUUGACCACUCCUCGUCACUACUUCCUGCUAUUUAUUCUUUUUUUUUUUUUUCUGCACGGAUCUGCUGCCAGAUCUUUUCUGGUAGGAGGGAAACCAGGUUAAAGGUGGGGUGGGUUGGUUGGUUGGUUGGUUGGUUGGUUGGAUGGAGGACAAGGAGAGGAAUUGCUGGAGGAAAACAAAAAGUCUUUCUGUGUUUCUCUGAAUCUCUAAUAAGUGCUGAUGAGGGGGAGGAAAGUUUGGAGCCUUAUUUUGCUGGAAAACUCGAAAAAAAAAGAGUUUAGAUUGAAUUUGUUCUCGUUCCCCUCCAAAACGGAAUGGACUCCCAACUGAGCCAGGACUUUGGUUGCUGAAGCCUACUGUCUCACAUAGACACAGACACACACACACACACACACACACACACACACACACACACACACUCUCACAAAUGGACUUUGGAUGGAUGAACUCUGCUGACUGUUGGUUAACGGACACCCGCCUCCCCCAACCUCCCCCUCCCGCCCGGAAACAAACUUUUUAAAGAUCCACCAACCUCCUCACACACACACACACACACACACACACACACACACACACACACACUCAUAAAAAAAAACACUUCACCACCCCCUCUCCCGUCUUAUUUCCAAGUGAACUCAGCACAAACACAUCCACCUGUUCACCUUUUCACUCCCUGUUUUUUUUCUUUAUUUCUCUCAUGCCAUCAAGUCGGAGGAAGCCAGUCAGACUUGAUGCCGCCAUUGAUUGUACAGGCUUCAACUUUAAUGAAGUCCGUACUUGAUUUUUUUUCUUUCCCUUCGUCUUUUAUGGCUUUUAAAGAGUUGUGCACUGGAAAAGAGGGCAUACGAGGAAACUGGGGAGGGAGGGAGGGACGGUGUAUUGACAGGUUUGAUCCAGGAUGUUAUGUUGCCUUUCUUUAUGGAGUCAAAUUGGGUUUUUUUUUUUGUUUUUGUUGCAUACGUCAGCACAUAAAUGCUCAAAUGAUUUAUUUGUACUAUUUUUGUUUAUCUUUUUUUUUUUUUUUUUGCUUCAGUUGGCAUCAUGCCUUCAUACCCAGAAUGUCAACACUGAACCCACUCAUGUUGUUGUUGUUGUUUUUUUUUCUCCCCUAAUCCCCUCUUUGCUACACGUGUUCCCAAAGAGCAAACUCACAAACAAAGGUGUCUUUGGAGUCUGUGACAAACAGUAAGUGUGUGUGAGUGUAUUUUAAAAAAAAAAAUCACUGGAAAACAAAAAAAGAGAGAGAGAGAAAAAAAAAAAAGAAAAACGAUCGACAAAGGACGACAACGAAUGGUGAAUUAUUUUCUUCUUCUACUUUUGAUUUGAUAAUAUAUUUUUGUGUCGUUGAGAAUUUUUUUUUGGGCUUGUACAGAUUUGGAUUUGUUUCAGGGCAGAGGGAUCACGAUGGAUCAUAUCAUUGCUGCCUUUUCGGUGUAGUGCACCUUUAACACACACACACACACACACACACACACACACACACACACACACACACACACACACACACACACACACACACACACACACACAGUUCAUCUUCUAGUUCAUCAAACUAAACACCAACCCCCCCCCCCCCCCCCCCCCCCCAGUUGCUGACUGGCAAUAUCGAUGUAUUUUAUGAUGGUGAUGAUGACGGCAGCUUGCUUGUUCAUCCUUGGCAAAAAAAAACAACAAAAAAAAGAUUUUUACUUUGUUUUUUAUUAGUUUUUUUUUUUUAAAGGCCUUAUCAGUCGAAAAGGCUUGAAGCGGAGAGAGAAGUGAAGGCUUUACGUCGGAACGUUGCUCAUGUCUGCGCACAUUUUCUCAUUUAAAACCACAGAACACAAGACGCCACUUCUCUUGUCUCUCGCUGCGUUAAUGCUCUCGGUCGUUGAAGCAGAAGAAAACACACACACACACACUCUCGGGGGUUUUGAAAAAAAAAAGGGGGGGGGGGUGAUGGGGACAACGCUUGGUCCCUUCAGCUGGUUGUACCUAACUUAACACUUUUCUUUCUCUCACAAUGACACACUGUCGUUUUAUUAUUUCUUUCCGUUUUUGAAAUGUCCGAUCUUUCUUUCAAAGUUGAUCAUUGUAUUAAGGUGCUGGGUAUUGGAUUCUAAUUAUUACUCUGGCUGUUGCUGUUAUAUUAUCUCUUUCAGGGUUGAUUUAAUUUGACAUUAUUUCGUUUUACAUUGCUGUAAUUUACAUUGAUUUUAAAUGUGUUUUGAGCAAACUGUAACUGUAGUGGUGGGUUUGGGGUUGGGAGGGCUGAUCAGCUCCUGAAAAAUGUAUUAUUUGUUUGUUUUUUUGUGUAAAGACAAAAUGAUGAAAAAUUACAAUGAUAGUAAUAAAAACAAUGAUAUAAUGAUAGUGUGCCUCUGUAACCUGUCGUGUGGAAAGCAAGAUAAAGGUGAAAUAAUCCUGGC